AUGGAAGGACAGACAUCCUCUUCAGACUGUUUUCAUCUCAUUAACCACACUCAUAUCCCAGAGUUUGAGGUGUCUCAUUGGAUCAAGAUCACUUUGGCCUCUCUCGACAUCUGCAUCUUUGUAGCAGGCAUCUUGGGCAACAGCAUCACCAUCAAGGCCACCAAGAUCCUGCAGAAGAAAGGCUACCUGCAGAAGGAGGUCACGAACCACAUGGUGAGCUUGGCCUGCUCAGACCUGCUGGUCAUCCUGCUUGGCAUGCCUGUGGAGUUCUUCAGCGCCAUCUGGAGUCCUUUUGCCACCCCAAAUGGCAAUGUGGCUUGCAAGCUCUACUGUUUUCUUUUUGAAGCCUGCAGUUACGCCACCGUGCUGCAUGUGGCCACCCUUAGCUUUGAGAGGUACGUGGCUAUCUGCCACCCCUUCAAGUUCAAGGCACUCUCCGGACCCCGCACGGUGAAGCUGCUCAUCGCCUUUGUUUGGGUGACAUCUGUCAUCGUGGCUCUGCCCCUGCUCUUUGCCAUGGGCACAGAAUAUCCCCUGGAAAUCAUCGAGGGCUACCAAAGUACGAUGGGCUGCGUGAAGCCGACUCCCAGGCACCUAUUACCCCCUAUGGACAACAUGACCAUCUGUACCAGCCUCUCCUCCAAGUGGCCUGUUUUUCAGGCCAGCAUCUUCACUGCCUUUGCUGUGUACAUCAUAGUGCUGGGGUCUGUCACCUUCAUGUGCCGCAGCAUGAUGAAGACCCUGAAGAUCCACAAGAAAGGAACUGUGGCGGUGAAGGGUGAACUAGGACACCAGGAGCAGUACCUAAGGAAAAGUGAGAGCUCAGAGGGCAAGAGCUCCAGGAGACAGAUCACUCUAUUCCUGGAACAGGUAGAACAGUUGAAAAACGAAUACGAUGGAAUUUCCACAGCAGAUAAACAGUUAAGAUUUCGACUGAUGAUUGGCACACGUUGUAGCACCUUCUUCACCUUUUUUGAGGGCAUUGUAAGCAAGUUUGUGCUGCUAGAUGUCAGAUGGCUGAUUGUUGCAACUCUGGCAAUAUGCUGGAUGCCAAACCAGGUUAGAAGGAUCAUGGCUGCUGCGAAACCAAAGCAGGACUGGACUGUCCCCUACUUCAGAGCGUACAUCACUCUUCUUCCCAUUGCGGACAUCUUCUUCUACCUCAGCUCCGUGGUGAACCCCCUGCUGUACAACAUCUCCUCUCAGCAGUUCCGCAGCGUGUUUCUGCAGGUCCUCCGCUGCCACCUGACCAUACAGCACGCCAACAAAGAGAAGUUCCUCAGAGCCAACCUGAGCUCCAGAGCAAGGAGCAGACGGUCCCUGCGCCCACUGUUCUUUUCUUCUGUGCGUAAUUCUUCUACAAAGAGCAGCAAGAAAGUUUUUUUAAGUACUUUUCAGAAUGAGACCAACUGCAGUCCACAGAAACCAGGUCCUGAAUCGCUGGAGCCCUGCUCGGAAGUAGUGCCACUGGAGAUGAGCUCAGAGCCCACUCCAGACACACAAACCAGCCUUUGUGAAAAUGAAGUAUGA